AGCAUCAUGUUCCGAAUGCGAGAGCAUCGCAUGGAAUGCUGGUCUAGUUCAUAUGCGAGUCUUUUCAGAGCGAUUAGCGUGGUGUAUGAAUCAGAUAAAAGGAUAAAACCUCUCACCAGCAAAUCGUCAUGAAGUUCACAUCGGCAGCCAUCUCCUUCCUUGCUAUCGCUCUUCCCGUGCUCGCUCAGACUGAGAGCCUUUCGUAUGAUAACACGUACGAUAAUCCUGAUCUGUCUCUCUCCACUGUCGCUUGCUCAAAUGGUCCUAACGGGCUCAUGACCAAGGGCUACACGACUCUUGGUCAAUUGCCUACAUUCCCCAAUGUCGGCGGUGUCUACACUGUUACGGGAUGGGAUUCAGUGUACUGCGGAACAUGUUACGAAGUGACAUACGGCAGCGAGACAAUUCCAAUCCUUGCUGUUGACGUUGGGAGUGCAGGGUUCAAUGUUGCGGAGGAAGCUAUGAAUACGCUUACUGGGAAUCAGGCUGCGUUUUUGGGGAGAGUUUCGGUGACUUCAGUUGCAGUUAACGCAUCUGUUUGUGGCCUUUGAAGAUAUCGUUGGUUACUUGAAUCCAGGUUCAAGGACAAAUUUGACUUUCAUUCUUUCGGCCAAUCGUGUCAUCAUACGGACUGGAACUGGAC